AUGCUCAUGCUCGGAGAGUGCGAGAAACUCCUCGGCGAUGGUCUCCUACGUUUACCCAAGAAACACAACUACCGCUAUGGUCCUGCGGCCGAGAAGGAUCUACUAGAGCUUCUAUUCCGAUCGCUCGUGGGAUACGACAGUGAGCUCCUCCAAGGGCUUUUCCCAGAAGGUCUUCCGCCAGGACCAUGGAAACUAGCAGAAGCACAAGGUGCCCGGGAAGGCGCAGAAUACAGCGAGGCGGCCAGGGGCAAGCGCUGCGGUCAUAUCUUCCGAGCUGGGGAAGCCACAUAUCGGUGUGUGACGUGCGCUGCGGACGACACCUGCGUGCUGUGCAGUCGGUGUUUUGACUCGUCCGAUCAUACGGGUCACCAAUAUCAGAUUUCGCUCUCAUCCGGGAACUGUGGCUGCUGUGACUGUGGGGACGACGAGGCAUGGAGGCUUCCGCUUUUCUGUGCGAUCCAUACCGAUAGCGGCAAUGCCAAGGGCAAGGAGCGCGCGCAGAAAGAAUUGCCUUCUGAUCUCGUUGCUGCGAUCCGUAUGACGGUGUCGCGUGCAUUGGACUAUUUCUGUGAUGUCAUUUCUUGCUCGCCAGAGCAAUUGCGCUUGCCAAAGACGGCUGAAGCGAUCAGGCAGGACGAGGUCGAGUCUCGCUUGCGCCCUGGACGCUAUGGUGAUGGCGACGAAGAGCAGGAAGAUGCUGAAUUCGCAGUCUUACUCUGGAAUGAUGAAAAGCAUACCAUGCGUGACGUGUCCCAUCAGGUAACUCGGGCCUGUCGAGAAAGAGAUAGCUUCGGCAUUGAUCGUGCUCAGGAAACCAACGAUUUCGGCCGCAGUGUGAUCAAGUACUCCAAGGACGUGGAUAGAUUGAUGAGCGUUUCGAAGAUCAUCGAAGAUAUCAAGGUCACUGUCACAGUACGAUCUUCGCGUGACACGUUCCGUGAACAUAUGUGUGCUACGAUAGUAGAGUGGUUCGCUGAUAUCGCCGGCUGCGAGAUUCUCGACGACAACGAGAUACUCCGACACAUCAUUUGCGAGGAAAUGCUUUCUCCCUGGCAGAAGGGCAGCGGUGGCUAUAAUGAAGAUAUUGGCAUGCAGGGCAUUGACGACCACCAGAGGACCGAAAACCUCCCAAGUCGUACAUUACUGAUCAAUCUACCCACUCAUGGUCAGGUCAUUGUGACUGCUGAUGAAGACGAUCUUCUCGAGGAUGACGUGAUUGAUCAAGAUGAAGAGGAGGAUGAAGACUAUGUUGAGGCGCAAGACGCCGAUGACGAGGAAGAUGACGAGAUGGAAUUGGAACUCAACCGUCUGCAGGCCGAGCAGGAUGGCCAGGAUGACGACGAGGACAUGGACCUGGGUCCUGAGGCCGAUCUUGCACGGAUCCUUGCUGGCCUCAAUGGUCAACCAAUGCCGGCUCCUCGACCAGCACCCGCUGAGCCCGCAGAUCGCCCACUGACUGACCGCGAACAAUCGGUUUCUGGGAGCCCUGCUCCCGAGUCAGGCCCUCCUGGUUACAUUCCUAUUCCCAAAACGCCUGGUCCUGCCUACAGCAGGCUGAAGCGAUCAUCCACGGAAAGUCACUGGAAGUCUCAACCACCCAUGCCCACACCAGAUGAAAAUUUACCACCCCACGAGGAUCUGUGGCAACGCACUCGCUUAGACUUCCUAGUGCUCUAUGACCUUCGGUUAUGGAAGAAGACACGAACUGAUCUACGCGAUCUUUAUAUCAGCACUGUUGUCAACGUCCCUCAAUUCAAGCGGAUCAUGGGUCUUCGUUUAUCUGCACUUUACACAGCUCUGGCGCAGUUGUAUCUCAUUGCAGACAGAGAGCCGGAUCAUUCGAUCGUCAAUUUGUCACUGCAACUUCUUACGACCCCCUCCAUCACCGAAGAGAUUGUCCUCCGAGGGAACUUCUUGACAAAGGUGAUGUCAAUCCUUUAUACCUUCUUGACAACAAGACAAGUUGGCGAACCCUCAGAGGUUGACUCACAAGCCACCUUGGCAUUUGAUGCUGGCUCAGUCACAAACAGACGCUUGUAUCACUUCUUCCUCGACCUGCGAUAUCUUCUCCAGUCUGAAUAUGUCCAGCAUCGUGUUCGGACCGAGGAACAAUAUCUUCCUCAGUUCCUUGACCUUGUCAAAUUGUCACAGGGAAUAUGUCCUAACGUUCGCGCCGUCGGCGAACACGUUGAAUACGAAACGGAUUCUUGGAUUAGUGCCUCUAUCCUCAUGCGGGAGAUUAACCGUCUGUGCCGCCAGUUCUGUGAGGCCUUCCGUAACCCUGAGAUUGACAAUGGCGUCAACCUUCUCAGAGCGAUUGAGACCACCGCCGCCUCCGCCAUUGUGCACUCUACUGGUCUCGAACGUCAGCGGUUCGACCAGGCCGAGAUCAAGGACGACCUUAAGUUCAAGUUGCUGCAGCCGUUCGACUUCGAAUAUUCGCCUUCUGGCCACGUCAUUUGUCACCGAGUGGUCGAAUUUGUGGUGGAACGCGGAUCCAUCAGUUUCCACCAUGCACUCCACUACACAUUGUCGUGGCUUGUUGAGUGCGGGCGGAACAUAAGCAGCGAGACGAUGCGUAGCGCCUUGUUGAAUGCUGGCGCCCAAGCGCAAGAGUAUAUCCGCACUGUCAAGGCUAGCCCUACUAGCGGCUCCCCUACUAGCGGCUCCGAUGCCGUCCUUGUUUCCCUAGGGCCCGAAGAUCUGCUGCUUGUCAUGUUUGACUAUCCUCUCAGAGUUUGCGCCUGGCUAGCCCAGAUGAAGGCUGGAAUGUGGGUUCGCAAUGGCCUCAGUCUCCGCCACCAAAUGUCGCAGUAUCGCGGUGUCUCUUCCCGUGAUUUUGCCUACUAUAGGGACAUCUUCCUGCUCCAGACUGCUCUUGUGGUUUGCGAUCCCAGCAGAGUUCUCGCAACGAUUGCUCACCGUUUCGGCAUGGUCGAAUGGAUGGCUCGGAAUUACAUGCCCCGCCCUGGCUACGAGGAUUCGCAGCUCGUGGACGUUGCCGAGGAAUUUGUUCACUUAUUGGUCAUCCUAUUGACUGAUAGGACAUCUCUCACGGCUAUCGAUGACAGCACACAUUUGACCCACGAGAACAUCAAGCGUGACAUUGCUCACGUUCUGUGCUUCAAGCCCCUUUCUUUCUCGGACCUCUCCACCCGCCUUAGCGACAAGCUAUUGGACUCCGAUAUGUUCCAAGACGUGCUCGAGGACGUUGCGAACUUCCGCCCCCCCGAGGGCUUGAGUGACUCUGGAACCUUUGAGUUGAAGCCUGAACACUUAGAUCUCAUUGAUCCUUACAGCGCACAUUACACAAAGAACCAAAGAGAUGAAGCAGAGAACAUUUAUAAGGAAUGGAUGGCGAAGAAGACUGGCAAGAAUGCUUCUGACAUAGUAUUCGAGCCAAAGCUUCAUCCUAUCAGCUCCGGCAUGUUCUCCGAUCUUCCCCGAUUUGCUGGAACUAUGCUCUUCGCGCAGAUCGUACACCAAUGCCUGGAGUAUGUCGUUUCGUCUAAGGAGUGCACGCCAAGCAUCCCACCUACCCGUGUCGAAACUUUCCUCCAGGUGAUCCUGCACCUCAUCUUGGCUGCGGUACUGGAAGAUAAUUCCGAGGAGAAUGAUAGGGUAGAGGAUCACUCCAAUUCAUUCAACUGGAAUGCUCUGUCCAAGGCCCGACAGAUUAAGGCAGGCAAUCUGACUAUCGUCGGACUGUUGGAAAAGAUCUCCACCGCGACCGAUUUCUCAGGCUCUGGUCCUAAGAUCCGUCACAUUCUGAAACGUCUGUGGCAGAAGCGACCUCGUACAUAUUCUUCUGCAACCGCCGCUCUUCGAUUCCCAUUCGACCGCAUUGACACCAACUCUCCUGCAAUCGACCUGGACAAUGACAAGGAGACCAAGAAAAAGCAUGCAUUAGAGCGACAGGCUAAGGUCAUGGCUCAGUUCCAGGCCCAGCAACAACAAUUCUUGACGAACCAGCAGGGUAGCUUUGAUUGGGGCGAAGAGGAUUUCAGCGACAUGGACUCCGAUACAGACGCCGCGCCAGAGAAGAAGACAUGGAAAUAUCCCAGUGGAACUUGUAUUCUGUGCCAGGAAGAGACAAAUGACUCCAGACUAUAUGGUACAUUUGCCUUGCUCCAGGAUAGCACAAUUCUCAGACAGACCGACAUUCGGGACUCUGAUAGAAUUCGAGAGGUUCUCAAGACACCCUCAAGUCUCGAUCGAUCAGCGGAGGAAAUUCGGCCAUUUGGUAUCUCCGGCGAAAAUCGCACCACGAUAAAGCGACUGGAUUCCGCUGGUGGUGAAGUCAUCAGCGAGAAGAUUGGCCUGAGCAAAGGGUUCACCUCAAAGAGCACUCUUCGCGGUCCUGUGACCACUGGCUGCGGACACAUCAUGCAUUACUCUUGUUUCGAGCAAUACUAUUCAGCGACCCAGAAGCGCCACACCCAGCAGAUUGCGCGCCAACACCCUGAAAAUACUGCUCUUAAGGAAUUUGUCUGCCCUCUGUGCAAGGCACUUGGAAAUACCUUCUUGCCCAUCACUUGGAAGGGCAAGGAAGAGUCUCCUCUGGUUCCACUCAGCCCAAAUGACUCGUUUGAUCAGUGGAUUAGUUCCGGUCUGAAGCAUUCGCUGCACCAACAGCAGAAUAUGACGGUCCUUAUGGAGAAGGACAAAGUCAAUUCCCAGCCAUACACUGACCUCUUCAUUGAAUAUCUCUCCAAAAAUCUGGUUCUUCCCCUCUCAACGAAGAUCGAUCAACUGAUGGCAUCAUCUUUCCCCGCAAGCGCUGCUGCACAGUAUAUAGCAUCUGCCCGCAUGCCUAUGCCAGGUAUCUUCCCUCCUUCUGACGAUUUGGCGCCCUCAAGCCCUCUCCAACAGGCGUCAAGUCCCUCCGAUAGCUCCAUGGCCGAGUUGCUACAGAUCUACAGGCGUAUGAAGAAGACCCUGAAGAUGAACAGCGUCGGCUCCGCGUUCAACAACACUGCCGAGGCCAACAACGGUGAAGAUCUUGUCCAUACCGAUUCUCUGAUCCGCAGCUUUGGCUUCAGCAUUGCUGCUGUCGAGAUUGCACAGCGUGGUAUCGAGUCCGACCCUGGCUCCACUUUGUUGGAUAAGAUCCCGCCGAUGACACUGACGCAUCUGCGCGUUCUGUCAGAGACUGCAUUGACUUACGCCGCUGUUGGGUGUCUUCACUCAACGUCAUCAUCAAAGACCCGCCCUACCACAGAGUUCCAGGAAAUGCAUCGACAGAAAAUUUGCCAGCUGCUUGUCGGUCAUCCCUUCUUGAGUGGAACUGCACUACUGAACGAUGUCCGUAACAUUGAGCCACUACUUGCUGUCGACACAUUUGUGUUCCUUGCGGAAUCUUCUUUGUCAUUGCUCCCCGUUCUUCACAUUGACAUCCGCCAUCUUGUGCAAAUGUGUUUCGUGGCUGAGAUUGUCAAGGUUGCCGUCACCUUCAUUCUUUGGCCCGUUGGACUGAAAGAAGAGCUUCUGAAGCACCCCGAGGAUCAGUAUCUCACUAAUCUCACGCAAGAAAAACUCGGAGUGACCAAGCAGUUCUUUGACUCCAUCGUUGCCGAACUUAAGGCGAACUCUGUUGGCCGCGCUGAAGGCUCCUCGUUCCCCGCCGAGAGUGGCUAUGUCAAGGAUGGCGAAGAAACUGCGACGCCCGCCGUGAUUGGCGCUUUCCGCCGACUUGUCACAAGCUAUGGCCUGACGUUCCUGCGCAAGGCAGUCAUUCUUCUCCACGUGCAGCACGGCGUAGAGUUCCCGAACACUGGCUUUGACGUCGAGUUGCCCGAGCUUGAGCGCCUUACCAAGGCACUUCAACUUCCAUCUAUCGACGAGAUUCUCAUGUCCGUCAAGCCCGCACGCAAGAGCAACAGUCCCUUUGAUGCUGUUAUCUCGGGGUGGAUCUUCCACUGGAACGCGUCACGCUCCGGUAUCCGCUUCGAAGACCAUAGACUCUGGCCCAGCUUGCCCCACCCCGCUAUCUUCGAGCUCGUCGGGUUGCCAAUGUACUUUGAUAGCCUGAUUGAAGAGGCGAACCGUCGACGUUGCCCCACCACCAGGAAGGAAAUCACUGAUCCUAGCAUCUGUCUGUUCUGUGGAGACAUUUUCUGCUCCCAGGCAGUAUGCUGCAUGUCUAACAAGAUUGGUGGCUGUAACCAGCAUCUCCAAAAAUGCGGCAAGAACAUCGGUCUGUUUAUCAACAUUCGCAAAUGCACAGUCCUGUAUCUUCACAACUCAAUUGGAUCAUGGCACUACGCUCCCUACCUCGACCGCCACGGCGAAGUCGACCCCGGUCUCCGUCGCAAUCGCCAGCUUAUUCUCAACCAGAAGCGAUACGACCGGCUCUUGCGCGAUGUUUGGCUGUCCCACUCUAUCCCUGCUACGAUCAGCCGUAAACUGGAGUCGGAGAUUAACAACGGCGGAUGGGAGACUAUUUAA